AUGCGUUUUGGAAGGACGCUAGACGAGGGGAUUAUUCCGGAAUGGAGGGCCCAGUACUUGGACUACGACCAGGGGAAAAAGAUUAUCAAACGGCUGUGUAAAGGCGCAGACUUGCCGAAACCGGCCGAAGCGACCCCAGGGAGUUUUUACACAGACCAAAGUUACGCUGAAACCAAUGUCUCGUUGAGACUACCGUCGCCUGCUUUAAAUCCUCGAAAGCCGUCUCUGCAAUUCAGACGGAGCAGCGCUGUAAAGCUAGCUGGUACCUCCGAAGCAACGGGUACCCCGUCUUCUGAAUCGAUCACUGAUAGAUCACCUCUCUUGGACAAUGAUCGGAUUAGGACGUAUGGUGGCGAGGCAUCUGUGGAUGGAACGCCCGCAGUGUCUCAACAAUUGCCCUUAACUACGUUCACGAGAAACGCUACCGAUGUCUUCUUCAAUUGGCUGGGUGGUGAGGUCAAUAAAAUUGAAGAAUUCUACCGGGAACAGGAAAAAGAAGCAGUGCGACGAGGAGAUGAGCUCAAGAAACAGAUCGAUACACUACAAAAACAUCGCUUGCUUCUAAAGAAGAAGAAGCAGUCAGCUGUCCCCGGACCGACACUUGCAUGGCUCGAUAGACUCGAAUUUCCUUCAGUGCCCAAGUGUUUUAGCAACAAAAAUGAUAUCGACGCUCGUAAUUCACACAGGGACUACGGAUUUCGAUCUGAGGUCAAUUAUACGCACGCAAAGUAUAUGCUGAAGCGAGCCAGUUAUGACUACUAUCAGAACCUUUUGAAGCUCAAAAGUUACAGAGCUUUAAACGAAACUGGGAUUCGUAAAAUUGUGAAAAAGUUCGACAAAACUUUCCAGACUUCGUUUUUGGAGAGUUACAUGUCUCAAACAUCACGAUACAACAUGCACACGAGCAAACAGGUUGAUAUUCUCACGGAGGACAUCAUCAAGUUGUAUGCGGAAAACUUUGAGAGUGGUCACCAUAAAUACGCAGUGGAGAAGCUGCAACGUGGUGAAAUCUAUGAUCCUCACAACCGUAGUGUUCUCCUAACAGGGUUACUUAUAGGCGCUGGAUUGCCCUUAUUCAUUCGAGCUAUAUACGCCGGUGUUCGCGAUUUGCAUAGAGGACACGAGUUUGCAGUGCGGUUUUAUCUGCAAAUUUGGGCAGGAUUCUUUUUCAUUGAUCUGAUACUGCUGCUAUUAAGCUUGAAUCUUUACGCUUGGCAGCAUUUCCGAAUCAAUUAUAUGUUUAUCUUCGAGCUUGAUCGUUCGAUCGCGAUGGAUUAUAGACAGUUUCCGGUUCUUCCCGCCUCAUUCUUUUUUACCUUAAGCCUGCUAGGGUGGAUUAACUUUGAUGUUAGUGCUGGAAAGUUUGGCUAUUAUAUCCCCUGCUUAUUUUUGGGUCUUUUGGUUGUUGCAUUUGCUGCACCCUAUCCAGCGUUCUGGAGCACCAGAAAAUGGGCAAUGAUGGCAUUGCUUCGUUUGGUCUUGUCUGGCCUAUAUCCUGUCGAGUUUCGAGAUUUCUUUGUCGGUGAUAUCUUUUGCAGCUUGAACUACAGCGUCUCAAACAUGGCGCUAUUUUUCUGCCUAUACGGCAAAGGGUCGUGGUGGGAUAAUGAGACGGAAGCAGAGACAUGUGGAAGUAGCCACUCACGGGUUAUGGGGUUCUUAAAUUGUUUGCCAGCCAUAUGGCGUUUCUUGCAGUGCUGGAGACGUUUCCUUGACACAUACGACUGGUUCCCUCACUUGCUGAACUCCUCAAAAUACUCAGCAACCAUCCUCUACAACUUGUUUUUGAGUUAUGUUCGGAUAAAUGAGGGUAACGUCACGUACAGAGCGCUUUUCAUUGUGUUUGCAAUUCUCAAUGCAGUCCUCUCCUCAUUAUGGGAUAUUCUCAUGGACUUCAGUUUGAGCAUCGAUCUCAGACCUGUUCUGAUUUAUCCCCGAUGGGCAUAUUAUGUGGCUAUGUUUGUUGAUCCACUCAUGAGAUUUCACUGGGUGCUCUACGUUGUGUACUGGGAUCAGACGCAGCAAUCUGCCAAGAUCUCCUUCAUUGUUGCGCUCAUUGAAGUGGUUAGAAGGUUUGUUUGGGUCUUUUUCCGCGUUGAGAAUGAGCACGCCACUAAUGUUGGCCAGUCUCGUGCGUUCAAGGAUCUUAACUUGCCCUACUUUUACACUGAUGAAACACCUACACCUACCCAGAGUCCUACGCUGACGCAAGGGAGUUCUGCUACUGCCAUUCCUUCCUCUAGGACGCAAGUCGUAUGCAAGUCCGACAGUGCUUCGCCUAGAUUCACAGCUGUUCAGAGAAUCCUCCGCCGUGCUCAUACCAUGGACUUUGAGCGCAGACAGCAAGUCGCAGAUACAGACCAGGAGGACUCGGACGGCUGA